AGCGGGGAUUCAGGAGCUGGCAGCGCGCAGCGAAGUCCCCGGGGCCGGGGUCGGCGUGUGACCGGCCGAGAUCGGGUCCAUGGGCCGAGUCCUGCCGCGCUGAGCGGGGCGGCGAUGGCCCUGGCGCUCCGCCUGCUGCUGCUGGAGGCUGUAGCCCUGUCGGGGGGUCACUCCCGUCUGCACUCCAGGCGCGUUUUGGACACAGUGGUGUCGGAGCCUGGCCCGGGGCUGCCCUGGUACAGACGUGUUGUGUACGUGGACGAUCAGGUCAACUACGUCUACACCAGCGAGACGCAGCAGGCGAAGCCCGGCCUAGUGUGGAUGGCGCAGAAAGAGGGUCUGGAGUUCUGGGACGAGAUGACCUGGUGGGCACAGCGCUACCAGAAAUGGUACAACGCAAGUCUGAACACCCUGAGUCAGCUCUACAACCAGACCGAGGGGUUUCACAUUAUCCAGACGAUAUUCGGCUGUGAUCUCCGGGAAGACAGCACCAUUCAGGCGUUUUACCAGGAUUCAUAUGACGGACGAGACUUUCUUACCUUCGAUAAGGAGACCAUGACUUGGGUAGCAGCAGAUAUUGGGGCUCAGAUCACCAAGAGGAGAUGGCAUGCUGAAGUAGAUGAUAUCCAGGGAUGGAAACACUUCCAGGAGGAGACAUGUAUUUCCUGGCUAAGGAGUGCUCUAGAGUUCGGGAAGGAGACUCUACAGAGGAAAG